UUUACCUGCUGAUCACAACACGAUAUCCUUGCAUGACGGAUUCUUGUUUGCCUAAACUUACAGACGAAAAUGUCACGCCCUACGGCUGAAAUAAUGGACACCGACAGCGAGGACGAGUUGCCUCCGGGAUGGGAGGAGCGAGUUACGCUGGAGGGGAAGGUCUAUUAUGCCAACCACCAGUAUGCCAAAACACAGUGGGACCAUCCGUGCACUGGCAAGAAGAAGAGAAUAAAAGGAGAGCUGCCGUAUGGAUGGGAGAUCAAGUUUUCUGAAGAUGGAAAUGUCUAUUAUGUUGAUCACAUCAACCAGAAAACGACGUACACGGACCCCAGACUGGCGUUUGCAGAGGAGAUCAAAGACUCACCCAUGGACUUCCGCCAGAAGUUCGACAGUAGCAGCACAGCGCUUCAUGUCUUGCAAGGUCGUGACAUCUCGGGCAGAUAUGCCGUUAUCACUGGAGCCAAUUCUGGAAUUGGUUUUGAGACUGCCCGCUCACUGGCUCUUCAUGGUGCCACGGUGGUCCUGGCUUGCCGCAACUUGGAGGCAGCAAACAGACGUCGGUCGGAGAUUCUGGCUGAGAGAUCUGAGGCAAAGGUUGAGGUGAUGCAUAUCGACUUGGCAUCUCUUGCCAGUGUCCGUCAGUUUGCCCAGCAGUACAUCCAACAUGGCUGGCCUAUACACAUCCUCAUCCUAAACGCUGCAGUGUUCGGCCUGCCCUAUACACGGACCGAGGAUGACCUUGAAAUGACCUUCCAGGUGAACCAUUUGUCCAACUUCUACCUGCUGCAGCUUCUUGAAGAAACGCUAAUCCGGUCCAAGCCAGCUAGGGUGGUGGUUGUGUCCAGUGAGUCUCACAGGUCCCCAGACCUUGACAUAAACAACCUGAGUGAGAGCAAACUGUCCCCUCCUUACACCCAUUACCAAGACCUGAAGGCCUACAAUCUGUCCAAGCUGUGCAAUGUGUUGUUCUCCAAUGAGCUGAAUUCUCGGCUGGCUGUGCGAGGCGUAACGUGUAACUCGCUCCACCCUGGCAACUUGAUGUCCACAAGCAUAGCCAGACACUGGUGGUUCUACAGACUUCUCUUCACACUAGUCAGGCCUUUCACCAAGUCUAUGCAACAGGGAGCCUCUACUACAGUAUACUGUGCUGUGUCCCUUGACCUGGAGGGUUUGGGAGGGAUGUACUUCAACAACUGCUGCAGGUGCAUGCCCUCCUCUACCUCGUGUGAUGACAAACUGGGCCGGGCAUUGUGGGAGAUAAGCGCGAAAAUCCUCGCAGCCAGGACACUGGGUGUCGCAACACAGAGCCAAACUCAGGAAGACAGAUAAGAUUUGGACUGGACCGAACAGUGAUACAAGAUGCAGACAGGAUGGCAGACAUUGGAUAGGCAUGGCAGACACAGUGUUUGUUAUACCUGCUUGAAAUAUGAUGACCUCAAGUCCAUAAGUGACCAAAACCUGUGAUGAUUUGUGUUAGAAUUUGUCUUCAGCAAACCAUGCUUGUCGUAAGAGGCGAUUAACAGGAUCAGGUGGUUAGGCUCGCUGACUUGAUUGAUGCAUGUCAUUGUAUCCCAAUUGCAAAGGUUGACGCUCAUGAUGUCAAUCACUGGAUUGUCUGGUCCAGACUCAAUUAUUUGCAGAACACCACCAUGUAGCUCGAAUGUUGCUGUGCCCCGUUAAACAACAAACAAAUCAUUCAUUGUUAAAAGCCUGUGAAUCAAAGAUAACUACUCCAGAAACAAACAGUCAUUCCAUGAUUUUACGACUAUUGAACUUUCAUCAGCUACCACAUGUUUAGGGGGCUGAAUCAACAGGUACACAAUAUAGCUUAAUCAAAUACUGGAAAAUCAUUGUCUAUUUGUGUUUGUGUUAACACUCCUCUUGCGACUAUCGUCAAACUGUCUAUUAGCGGAAGUUAUUGUACUGAUCAAUCAAAUGUCAUGUGACAGAUACCUACAUAUUGGCACAUCAACAUAGACUUUACAACAAACUCAUAACACCAAUAUCAUGUUCCUUUCAACCUAAUCCUGCCGAGUAAUGAAGAUGUCACAGUGAUAUGGAAUCAAUGGAAGUUGUUUCAUUAAAUCCCAUAUGCUCAG